AUGGCCGGGCUUAGGAGCAUAGGUUCCGGUUUCUACUUCAGCAAUUUAUCAUUGCGUGAUCGAGAACAACAGCCUUUUCGAUCGCUUGAAACGCUGCGAUUUGAUAAUCUGCCGGACUGGGAAGACUGGUUAGACGUAAGGGUCACAAGAGGAGACUUGUUCCCUUCUCUGAAGCACCUUUCCAUACAGAGAUGUCCAGAGCUUACCGGGAAUCUACCGACAUCUCUUCCUUCUCUGAUCUCUCUUCACAUCUAUAAAUGCGGGCUCUUAGAUUUCCAGCCAGACCACCACGAGUACAGCUACGGGAAUCUUCAAACGCUAAGCAUAAAGAGCAGUUGUGACUCUCUUGUGACAUUUCCUUUAGGCCAUUUUGCCAUACUCGACAAGCUUGAUAUCGAUAACUGCAUAUCUCUGCAGUGUCUUCAGCUCUCAAACGAGCAUUUGCAUGGUCUUAAUGCUCUUAGAAGCUUGAGAAUCAAUGACUGUCAGAAUCUGCAGCGUCUUCCAGAGCAAAGCUUCCUCUCUCAAAAGUUCCAUGUCACGAUCUCGAACUGCAGAGGUCUCAUGGCUCACACAGAUCGUAUGAUUCACGUUCUCCCUCAAGAUAUGACUAAACCUGAUUCGCUUGCAUCAGUCGAAGACCCAGGUGGGCAAGUGGCUUUAAAUGUGCUCUAA